CACUCCCUUCCUCUCCCGCUUUGGUGACGCGUAGCAAAGAGACGUUUUGAGUGCAUUGUGACCUGCACAAAAAGUGCUCGCUUGAUGCCACCCAGGUCUGGUUUGGAGUGUCAUCGCGGCAAAAUAACCUACUAUGGGGUUACCGUCAAGGGAUUUCCCUCUUCUGUAGGGCGGCCAACCGAGCCCUCCUCGGCUAGUGUGCGCCGCGUCCCCUGAGCCACUCCAGCGCAUAAAACCUCCCAGGAUCAAAGCACGCGACGAACGCGCUCAUGCAGCUGCUGCUACUAUUCCCUGAUCUCCUCUUGAAGCACUCUCGAAACGGAGUGCUCCUCGACUCGUAUUCAGUGGUAGUGGACGCGAUCACGGUGCCGUAUUCGCGCGAGUUGAACGAAUAUCAGCGGGACAAGGUCCUUCUCGAGUCUCAGCGCCCAUUGAAAAUCACCGUUGAGCAAGUAGAAGAUAGCGCGAGUGACGACGACCAGCUUCGGAAAAUCCGGGGUGAGAGGUGGGGACGAGCCGCGUUGCAUUAUUUGAUGCAGAGAUGUAUAUUGUUGUACAGCGAUUGCCACCCGCUGAUGGAAUGUCUGUUUCUCAGGGUUCUUCCAGAUUCUGGAGUUGCGCAAACUUCAGGAAGGUUUGAACCGUCGAAAAGUGCGGAUCAAACAACGGUGAGCCGCUUUGAAGCUUCGGGCUUUGUUCUCACCGGGGUGAAGAUGAA